CCAUGCCAUGCACACACGCAAAGAUAAAAAAGCCAACAAUCAUAACCACCAAAAGCUUCUCUCUUUUAUUUCUUUCAUUCAUAUCAAUCUCUGAUAUAGUAGGGACUAUAUAACUAUAUAGUAUAUAGCUUUUUUUUUUAAAAGAAAAUUAUUUCAUAAGCUCCAUUUCGAGUAUUUCGAACUUGAUCGACUCUUUUUUUCUUUUUCUUAGAGAUGAUCGUCCCUGUUACCACUCCUCAGAACAACCUGAACCAAUCUCCCAGCACAAAAACAGACAACAACAACAACAGGAACAACAGCAACAACAAUAGUACUCAUAUUACUAACCUCUGCUACGAGCCCACGUCGGUUCUCGACCUGCGCCGCAGCCCCAGCCCGGUGGCUGGGAAACCCGCCAAGGUUUCGGCUGUUUCCGACGUCGUUUUGUCUCAUGCGACAAAUGAGUCGACGCUCGAGUGGGUGGACGACCAGGUUUUGCAUAACUUGGAUUGGGAUACUAUCAUGAGAGAGUUGGGUUUGCAUGAUGAUUCUGUCCCUGCUGCCUUGAAGACCAGUACCACCGCCGCCGCUGCCAUGGCUACCGCUACUACUACAACCGUUGUUCCUCAGUUGAAUAAUCCUUGUGUCGACCCUCAUCAGAUCACUUCUCAUUUCUUAGAGUUCCCUCAUCCUCAGCCGUUCGAUCCAACUCACUUGGUUCACUCGACUGACUUCAACUUUGAUCAUAGUAGUAAUAGUACUUUCGGUUCUCAUCAUCAUAACUUGAACCUUUUUGAGGUAUCUCCUGAUUUUCAUUUAGGGAUCAAUAAUAAUAGCAAUAAUAACAAUACCGCCAACAACCAAAACAAUAAUUGGAGUAUUGGGUUUGAUUUCAUUGAAGAUCUAAUCCGAGUUGCUGACUGUUUUGACUCCGACGACUUGCAACUCGCCCAGGUGAUACUAGACCGGCUCAACCAACGCCUCAGGUCUGGCCCUUCGGGUAAGCCAGUGGGUCGACCGUUCCAACGGGCUGCUCUCUACUUCAAAGAAGCCCUCCAGUCCAUUCUCUCCGGCUCUAACCGGACGGCCGAUCGGCUCUCUUCAUGGGCCGAAAUCGUUCAGACCAUCAGAGGCUACAAGGCCUUCUCAGGUAUCUCACCCAUCCCCAUGUUCUCCCACUUCACCACCAACCAAGCUCUACUCGAAGCACUCAGUGGGUCAACCUUCAUCCACGUUGUCGACUUCGACAUCGGUCUCGGUGGACAGUACGCCUCGCUCAUGAAGGAACUCGCCGAGAAAUCCGAGUCCCUUCGAGUUAACCCACCUAUUCUUCGAAUCACCGCUGUUGUUCCUGUGGAGUACGCCGUGGAGAGCCGGUUGAUCAGGGAGAACCUGACACAGUUUUCCCAAGAACUGAAAAUCAGGUUCCAAAUCGACUUCGUUCUCGUCCGUGUCUUUGAAGCGCUAUCGUUUAAGGCAAUCAACUUCAGGGAAGGGGAAAAGAUUGCCGUGCUUUUUUCCUCCGCAGUGCUCCGCCGCCACGGUGGCGGCUUUCUAGGAGAGGUGAGACGGGUGUCUCCGGCUGUGGUGGUGUUCGUGGACGGAGAAGGGUGGGGAGGCGAGCCGGGUACGGCUCCAACGACAUCGUUUCGGAGGAACUUCGUGGGCGGAUUGGAGUUUUACUCGAUGGUGAUGGAGUCGCUUGAUGCGGCCAUGGUGGGGGCGGAGUUGGUCCGGAAGAUCGAGGCGUUUGUGCUGAGGCCAAAAAUUAUAGGGAUGGUGGAGGCUGCGGCAGCGGCCGGGGUCGGUGGGGGGAGGAGAACGGCGUCGUUUCGGGAGAUGUUCCAUGGGGCCGGGAUGAGGCCGGUACAUCUCAGCCAGUUCGCGGACUUUCAAGCCGAGUGUCUCUUGGGGAAGGUUCAGGUGAGGGGUUUCCACGUGGCGAAACGACAGGCUGAGCUGGCGCUUUGCUGGCAUGAGCGGGCCCUUGUUGCCACGUCAGUGUGGAGGUGUUAGUGGAUAGUUUUAAUUAAUUUUAGGGUAUAAUUCUCCCCUUUAGAUCAUUAAUCAAAAAAAAAAAAAGAAUGGGAUGGGAGGUCUGGGGAUGUAUAAAUUAACUGUAACACAAGCAUCCAUGGCCAUAAUGUUUCCAGUGUUUUUUAGUUUAUGUUGUUGUCUAGUUGGAGAGGAGUUGGGUGUUCCAAUCCUUUUUGAUCUUUUAUAUUUUUGGAAGCUUUUACUUGUUUUUUCAAACAAAAUUAUCAAUAGGGAGACUACACAAUUAUUGGGCAA